CUCCAUCUAGCAUAGAGGGAGUGGAGAGAGUGUUGGGGCAAGGUACAGGGGGAGGAGAGAUAGAAUAAACUUGACUCCAGGUUGGGUGGUACAAGGGGAUAUGUGGGGGUGAGUGUGUAUCAGGAUACGGUUGCUCUCCCUGCUGAUUAAUGCUUGCUAUUUGACCAGAAGAGGAGGCCUGGAGUGAUUUGAGAUCUCCAAGAGAAGCGAAGCAGUGGAGCUUUCGCAGAAACAGAGUGGGAAGAAUUGAGCUUCAGCCUUCAGAAGGCCAGAGCAGAGCAGUGAGCUGGAGCUGGUAUGAGGUUAAUGGUCCUGAGUUAAACCGACACUAUGAAGUCCUUGGAACUGCUGCUGCCUUUACUGCUACUUGUAAGAGACUUACAUGCUCAAUGGAAUGUUUGGAUGCCCAGGGACAUCUCAGCCAUGACUAACUCCUGUGUGGUAAUCCCAUGCACCUUCAUAUACCCCUCGGGAGUCAGGCCAUUCAGGGGCACACAUGGAAUCUGGUAUUUUGGCCAGCCCUAUCCACAACUUUUCCCUCCAGUGGUUUUCAAGUCGCGCACAGACAUUGUGCAUGAAAGCUACAAAGGUCGUACCAAGCUCUUGGGUGAUCUCUCGCAGAAGAACUGCACGCUGCAAAUCAACAACCUUGGAGUUGAGCAUUCAGGGAGGUACUACUUCAGAGCCGAUCUAGGAGGAGCAAACAUCUACACCUACCCAGAUUUCACUGAGCUCAGGGUGUUGGACCAGCCCAACAUUGACGUCCCAGAAGAAAUAAUCAGUGAUAAGAGCUUGGAUUUGAUUUGCUAUGCUCCAGACAACUGUCCUGACAUGACUCCUGAGAUCAACUGGAUGUACACAGACUAUCUCCCUUAUCCUCGUUUUGAACCAGAAUAUGCGGAGGAAGGCAACACAGCAGUGAUGUCUAGCACACUUUCUUUCACACCCAGAGCUAUGCACAAUGGUCAAAUGGUGGGCUGCAGAGUCCAUUACCCCAACACCAAUUUGUUCUAUGAGCGUGUUAUCUACCUGGAUGUCAAGUAUGCUCCUCGCAAUAUCUGGGUAAAUGCCUCUCAGGAGAUCAUGGAGGGGAGUUCAGUGGUGCUUCACUGCGAUGUGGACAGCAACCCUAUACCACGGAUUUCAUGGUACUUUGAGAAUGAUGAGCUGAUGUCAGAAAUUGCCUCAAAUGCUUCUCUUUUUCUGGAUUCCGUGACUGCAGAGCAGGACGGUUUAUACACCUGUGUAGGGGACAAUGGCUAUGGGACAAUGAACACCUCCAUGUACUUGGCUGUCACAUAUCCUCCAAGAGAACCAGUGGUGAACGAAUCUCUGGUGGUGAUGGAAGACACCUCUCUGACUCUCUAUUGCAGCAGUAAGGGCAAGCCUGCCCCUACAAUUACCUGGCUGAAGGAUGGAGCGCUGAUAGGAACCAUAAAAGCUGGAGAGCUGUCCAAACUUGAGCUUACAGAUAUCAACCCACAGGCUGAUGGCACUUACCGCUGCCUGGCUGAGAAUGAAUAUGGCCGGGCCAGCAGUUCUCUAAACAUCACUGUGGAGUUUGCUCCCAUUUUCCAAGAUUCCAAGUGCACCAUAGUGCGAGAGGGUGUGCAGUGUGUCUGCAUAGCCACAGGGAAUCCUGAGCCAUCCAUACUAUUCUACCUGCCUGACCGCAAUAUCACCAUUAAUGAUACAAAUGGCCGUUUCAACUUCUACACGCAUUCGGAUGGCUAUACAUCAACAGGCAUAAUCAAACUGAGGGAGAAGGGUGACCGGGAAAACAACGAAGACAUUGCUGUUCAUGUACACUGCAGCAUUUCUAACGUUUAUGGCUCUCAGUCUAUGCAGCUGGAGCUGCAGCAAGAAAAAAAAUACCUGAUGGCUGUGAUAGUGGGAACCAUUGGUGGAGUGGCAGUUAUUGCUUUUAUCAUUGCAGCCGUAAGAUAUGUGGGACAAAACAAUAAAAAAGAGAAUGGCAACCCUGGGCAGGACGUGGGCUCUAGAGUGGAGAAUCCCUCCAUGUACUACAGCGCAGUCAAGAAGGACAAACAAAGUCUCAGGAAAAAAGUGCUUAAGACUGAGCUGCUGGGCUCUAAGUUUAAUUCCAUCCUAGAAGAGAGCACGGGAGAAGACAGCGAUUACCAGCAUGUUGGCCCGACUGCAGGCAUGGAGAGGCAAGAGCUGAACUUUCUUGGGCGACGCCGAGAGGGAGGAUUGGGGAGGGGGGAUGACACCACUGACUACACAGAGAUCAAAGCCAAAUGAAUCGCGAUCCUUCCCUGAAGCCUCGUCCGAAAGGGAUACAGUGGCCUCUAGUUCCCAACAAAUACCUUAGCCCAGUUUGCUUUAAUCUAUACCAGUUAGCUUGCCCAAAUUGAUGUUUUGAUGAUUACGCAAAUGUAUAAUUCUAUUGGCUUGGGCAAUGUUUGCCUAUUUUACUGUAAUGAUUCUGAAAAGAAGGUUUUCUGAAAAGAAGCCAGUCCCUGCAAUGCAACCAUAAGUAAUAGCAUUGCUGCAUUUAGAUAUAAUGCAGUAUAGAGUCCAAACGGUCUUGCAAGAGGUGUCCUACACCAUUCACAGAAUUAUAUAAAUUUUAUAUUUUUAAGUACUUGUUGAGGAAGGCCUUGGUUCUCGGAUCUCUUUCACUAGUGGUCAUUCACACUGUGUCCGCAGCAAGCCGAAGCGUCAGGGAACGAGACAUGCAGCAUGUCUCGAAUUUCUAGCACUAUCUCCAGAAGAAUGUUUUCUCCAGAGGAUCUCUCAGCCACUUUCUAAGUGUACCAUGAUAAGUGCUCAGUGAUGUAUGCAUUCUGUAUUUCUAAUGAUAUACCCUAGAGUGAUUGUUAGAUUGUCUUAGAGUUUGUGUGACUCCACAAAGUAAGGAGAAGGAUAUUGUUUACCUAGUGAAAAUCUUUGAAGUGGGUUAAAGGAAUGGCUGGCUGGUUAUUGGUCAUUUUCUUCUGUAUAGCGCAGAGUGAUGAUGUUUAUGAUGUUGAUGAUGUUUAGAUCAAACAGAAACUUUUGCAGUUAAUUUUCCCCUGUCAUACAUACAAGCUUAAGAGGUGAUUAGUGCACUUAUUUGCCUUUGAAAAGUGAAAUUGGUUUAAGUUGCAGUAUUCCUUGCGGAAAAAAUAAUAGGCAUUUAAUUUCAGUGCUAUUACAAUGUGAAGUACUGUUUUAAAGAGGAAAGGGUGUCACGACUAAUGUGUCAAUGACCUUGCUUUUCUACACAUUUAAGACACAUGGCAAAAGGAGUGGACAUUUACACCCCCUCUUUCUUGUAGUCCAUUUCUUGCCAAUAUAUAAUUGUGUUUGGUUUUGUUUCUAAGCUGGAGACACAUCUCCAGACUAUUUUUAUUUUAUUAUUAUUUUUAUUAUUAUUAUUAUUAUUAUUAUUAUUAUUAUUAUUAUUAUUAUUAUUAUUAUUAUUAUUAUAUUUUUACAAAGUCUCUACUCUAAGGGUGAAUUCAGAAUAUCGGCCAACCAACCACGAAGACAGCAGAAUGCAAUCCAACACAGCCAAAUACAUAUUCAAAGCACAGAGCAAGUCUGUUAAAAUGAAUACACAAAACACGUCAUAUUCAAAACUAUCCCUUUACCCGGGGUGCUUUAAUGAAAUGUAUUAUUUAUUAUCCUUAAAACAUCCUCUAUUGAGGUUAUAGCAAAUUCAUCACUAUGUACAAUGUAUGUACAUAUCUCAAAGCUUAACCUAUAAAACCUGAUUUUUACUAAAUAUUUAACACAUAAAAUCACUUACCUUGCAUUUGUAAAGAAUUCAUGAAAAGCACCAAUAUGAAGGCAUAUGAAAUAUGUAAAUAUGCAUCUAUUCUCUGUUGUGAAUCCUUUAAACCCCAAUAGAAGGGGUUUUUUUUAUUGGAGUUGCAGCACAGAAAUAUAAAACAGGCUAUUAAUAACAGAUUUAUUUAUAAAAAAAAAAUGCAUACAUUUAGGAGAGCAUUUUGCUAGUCCAGUCUAAUUAUUUACUUUGUGUACUGUAAAGAGUAUUUGUAAGCAUUUGACUGUGUGAUGAUAAUAACGAUGAAUUUUUGUUUUAUUAGUUAUGUAAUAAUUUAUACAGGGACUUUGCAACCCUUGAACAAAACAACACUGUUCAGAGCUAAUCGUGCAUUUGAUUUUUUUUUUCCUUUUCUUUUGUUUUGUUAAAAAAUGUUCACCUUCAAUGCCAUCUUUAAAACAAACAAAUAAAGUAAACAAGAUGGGAGAAAAAAUCACCUACUGUACAUUUUGUUUAAUUAAAAAUGCGAAAGGUAAAAAUGCCAUAUAUUGCUAGAUUAGUGUGUAGUAAUUAAAAAAAUCACUGAAACACAAACCAACAGAAACAUCCCAAAUGCUAUGUAUUAAUGCAAAUGUAUCAUUAUUACAUGCUACCAUGGCUGUUGGUGAUUAACAUGUGGUUUUGUUUCAUGUAAUUCUUUGGCCUUGAGGCAGCAAAGUGAUCCUGAAUAUAUAAUGUGGUCAGAGAUUACCAGCAGUGUUUUUGUUCCUUUUUUAAGAGUAAUUCCCCAUAUUAUUGUAAUAUUGCCAUACUAUCAUUGUAUGAAUUUAAAUUCAGAUACUAAAUUUAUGAAGGUCAUGAUGAAGUGAGCAUAUUAGGCCCUGCUCUCUGGAGAAUGGUGUCUUUAAUGAUGUUAUAAAUUUGCUGCACGACACAUUCAUGUUCAUAUGCCAUGGAGGAAGCAUGAAUCAGCUUCUGGCUUCUGUAUAUAGCGACUGUACAGUAGGAGAGACCUAACUAGGACUGGGAUUCCUCUGUAGAGACUUGUCAUAAUCACUGUUUGUGUUUUAGAGCGGCCCACAUCAAAUUACAAAUGACCUUCACGUCUAAGUCAAAAGAAGAAGCUUUUUUCAAAAAAUGUGAGCUGAAUGCUAUUCAGAGACGGAUUUAUAAUUUUUUUUUUUCUAGGAUGAAAAAAUAUAUUUAAGGAACUGUAAAAUUAUUAGUGUACAUCAUUUUCGACCCACCAGUAUAAAAAAGGGGGGAAACAAAUGUGUGUGUGUGUGUGUGUGUGAGAGAGAGUGUGAGAGUGUGUAAGAAUGUAUAAAUGUGUGUGAGAGUGUGACUGAGUGAGACCAGGGCAGUCAUGCAUGAUUGAAUACACUUGUGGUUAGAACACUCAUGCAAAGAAAUGUUUAGGGGCAUGUAAAAAGUGGAAGUGCUUUUUAAAGCCUGAGGAAGGAUGUGAAAGCAGUUAGAACAGCCUUUAACACCACACAAAUUCUAUCAUCAGUCAAAAUUAAACAAGAGCUGGAGAAAGGACGACGUGACAGAAAGAAAGAGAUCUGGCUUUGGGUUCGAGUGAAUUCUGAGAGAUGAUUGUGCUACUAAUCUUUGUAUUGCUCUUCCCAUUCACACUAAAUAGCAAAG